CCUGAUCAACAUCAUCCUCUCGUCGACUACUAGUCGCAGCAGCAGCAGUAGUCGUCUACCGUACCAUCCAUCUAUCAGCUGCUAGCAGGUAGCUAGCUACGCAGCCCCAACGCCGCAGCAGCAAUGGAGCAAAUGGCCAAGUACUACUGGGCUAUGCUGGGCGCAAGGACCGCCGCCGCUGCGGCCACUAGCAGCCUCAGGUCCUGGCCGCCGCCGGCGCAUGCCGGCGAGCCGUCCUGGGAGGAGCUGGCGUUUGCCCAGGACGCGGCGGGGCACCUCGGCGGCUGCGUGUGGCCGCCGCGAUCCUACACCUGCACCUUCUGCCGCCGGGAGUUCAGGUCGGCGCAGGCGCUUGGCGGCCACAUGAACGUGCACCGCCGCGACCGGGCUCGCCUCCGGCAGUGCGCCUCGCCGGACCAUGAAAUCAUCCAGGACGCACAGAAGCAACAGUCGUCGAUCGCCUCUCCUCCUGCGGAUCACCAGCUUCAGAUGCAACAGCAGCCGGCGGAAUCUCCCUUGUUUAGGCCCAAGCAGCAGGCAGUAUUAAUCUCUGGCCCUAAAUCUACUUGCUGUGAUCAUCAAAGUUGCAAUAAGGAGGGAGCUGUGAUUAGUUCUACUUCUCCUUCAUUCAUAUCAACCAUCAUCAACGAGAGCAAGAACAAGGUAGUCAUCUCCCUACCUGCGGCGGCGACUGCGGGCAGCAAACAAGCUCUAGAAAUCGAUGAUGAUGAAGAGGAGGAGGAGGAGGAGAUUGUGGCGGAAAGGAGGAAGCGAAGGCGAGUGGUCCAUCAGCAGCCAGAGGCGCUGCUGCCGGUCUUCUUCCUGCGGUCAUCCAAAGGAGUUGAACAUGAUGCAAAGGUACCGAAAGUAAUCACCAGCCCUAGCCCCAAUUCAUCAGUUCAUCUUGCAGGCCGGCAAGAAGUGGAUCUGGAGCUCAGGCUUGGAAUCAAGUAGCAUUCCUAAAGUAGCGUGAUGAAUAGAUAAUUUCUUCCCUGCUGUUUCAUCUAUAUACCAUUCUAUCUCCUCACCAUGCGAGUUCAUUGCGCGUGCACAACUGGAUCAUACACUUGAUCCUUCGUUAUCGACGAGGACUUUGCAGUUGUUCUUUCCCCUCUCUUUCUCCAUUAAUUUGUCUCUAAGUUUCUUCGUCUGCCUGAGAUGCAUGUUCUCGAUUUUAUCCAAGGCGAUCGAUAUGCCUUUGGCCAAAGUUCUUGUGUAAAAGUUGUAUGUUAAUUGUCAAACAGAUAGUAUAUAUAUAUAAACUAUAUAUAAUUCCAAAAAUGAUACUAUAUGUAGUUUUCCU